CACGCCAGCCCCUCCUCCUCCUCCCCAUCUUCCUCACGAGCACAAUUCAGCCUUCGUGUUUUGUAUGCAUAGGUUCUUAUGUAAGUAUUUACAUGCUCGUGGAAGCGCCUUGGAAAAGUUGACACUCCUCCCCUCUCGCCUCUCCAUGCGAACCUCCGCAGAAUCCGCAGCCUUGUCGAAUAUCGAACGAUUACGGUAGGUAUGCAAGACUCAACUGUGCUGUAGAGUACCGUACCCCAUGAUCGCCCAGCUGCAGAACAAUCCCAACGCAACCUUGCUCUGCUCUGCUCUAUCAUAUCAUUCUACAUAUCAUAUCGUUCUACAUAUCAUAGUAGAGUACUCUGAUAUGUACUGUAUGUACUGUACAUCUCGCGAGCCGCUCGGGAUCUACCGCCGGUUAAACACCUGCGAGUCUGCGACACCACCACCUGCACAACCACCACCUGCACAACCACAUCCAGACUCCAGACUCCACCUCCAGAGUCCACAUCCAGAGUCCACAUCCAGAGUCCACAUCCAGAGUCCACCACCACCUCCAGAGUCCACCACCACCAGAGUCUACCACCACUACCAACUCCACUAUGUACCAUACCGUUGUUGCGAUUGUUCCAAUUGUUUGCCUCGCCUCGCUUUUGCUUUUGCUUUUGCUUUUGCUUUUGCUUUUGCUUUUGCUUUUGCUUUUGCUUUUGCUUUUGCUUUUGCUUUUGCCUCGCUUUUACUUUACUUUGCUUUUGCUUCCUCGCUGCUUUAUUUUUCGCUGCUUUUGUUUUGUUUUUUCCAGUACCCUAUGUAGGUGUCUGCGGCCCUCUGGACUCUACAUGGAGCUCGUAGGGAGCCAGCUUGGCUAUUUUUACAUUCGAUUCUCCUUCGGGCCCUCCCUUCUCCACCAUCGUCCACUUUGAGGGCUGAGGGUCGAGGGUCGAGAGGGCUCAG